AUGCCCACCGCCACAGAACCUAACUCGCGCUCCCCGUCUCCCACACCCGCCCCGCCCAUCGCCGACGCCCCAGGCCCUCGCGCGCAAGGUCUGAUCAAUGUGUUCAACCAAGCCUCAAAAGCCACACUGGACAAAUGCUCCGCCAAGAACUUUGCUUCCUGUUUCCCCACCGCUGCACAAUACAGUCCAGAAGUGCUGGAUAACCUGCGAGGCCAGAUUGUAGACCAACUAGACCGAACAUGGAAGAGCAACUUUGAAGAUAUCAUGGAGAGGAGGAAUGUAGUCAAGCUGCUUAAUUCCCUAGACCAAUGUAUCGAGGAUGCGAAACUGAGGAAGAAACGCGCCGAAUCGAAUGCGAAUGGCGGGCCUGUGGAAACCCCUAUUCCCCCUCACACACUCUCGCCCUCUGAAAUACACCUAGCACACCUUAUGCCCUACCUCGAGAAACAAGCGAACGACAUGAACACGAAACUUGCAGAAACUCAGCAGUCAAACACCAAGCUACUGUCUACUGUAACCGCACAGCGCGCUGAGAUCGAGGCGCUGGUCCGCGGCUUGGAAAACGUUAUACAAGAUCUGGAUAUUAGUGCACAGAUGAUGGCGCAAGAUGAGGUGCAGGAGCUCAGCAAGGAGACGAGAGAGCUGGAGAUGGAGAUGAGAACUUGA